CUCUGGGUUCAGGAAAAACCCAGGCAUUGGUCCAGGCCUAGCUCGAUCUCUAUUAGCCACUGCUUGGGAAAGCUGCUUAAAUGAUACCUUCUCAUUUAAAAUGCUUCUCUAUAUAGUAGACCCUCAAUUUAAGGAACCUCUCAUUAUAAGAUACAGUUCUUCAGCUUUAUCUAAAAUCAUGGUUCGCUUGUAUAUUAUCUAUCAAUUUAAGGGAUUCUUCUGCAACGACAACGAAAUUCGUUUUCCCUAUGUGCCGGAUACCGUAUCGGCUGGUUUUAUGGAUUGGACAACUAAUAUUGUUGGGACUAUUAUUAUCAUCUCCAGCGAAUUUUCUUUAGUUUGGCAUUUAAUAAGGCGCCAUACUGAUAAAAGAUUGCACCGAAGGAAUGGUCAUUUGCACCCUAUGAUUGUUAAUUCUUUGUAUUUUUUGGGUAAAUAA